AUGCAUGCUUUCAGAGCAAGGGUUGCUCUGCGGUCAACUGCUGAGUCCCUUUGCAAAUCCAAGUGGCAUCAAUAUGGAGAUGAACUUACUGAGAGCUGUGUAUUCAACGAACUUUCAGCACAACACGAAGUAAUUACUUGUAUUGAUUUUGUGGAACCUGGAGCAGGAUCAACUACCAGGGUUAUGCAAAUGCAAAUCAUUGAUGCGCUCCGCUUGGGCGAGAGGAGGAGGGCUUCUAACCUACUUUUAGAAUUUGGUUACGGAAGCCACUCAUUAAGAGCUGAUGAUUUUGUUGAUAUUAUGAACUACUGUGCCCGGUCACCUGAUCCAUUGUUUGUAAUGGAGAUUUGGAGAUUAAUGGAGGCAAGAGAUAUUAGCUUUAAUCAUAAAUGCUCAUCUCUUAUGAUGCAAGCCCUCUGUAGAGGGGGUUACUUGGAGGAGGCCUUUAACAUGAUGAAUUUUCUUAGAGAAACCCAGCAGUUCUAUCCAGUUCUUUCUUUGUACAAUAGUUUCUUAAAAGGCUGCACAAAAAUGCAGAGUAUAACUCAUGCAAGCAAAUGUUUGGACUUGAUGGAAAAGCACAUGGUUGGAAACAAUGAAGUCACGUACACACUGCUUCUUAAGCUUGCAGUUCUGCGGAAAAACUUGUCUGCAGUUCAUCAAAUUUGGAAGGAGUAUGUUAAGCACUAUAGUAUUAGCAUCAUUGCUCUGCGGGAAUUUAUAUGGUCAUUUAGAAGGUUGGGAGAUUUAACUUCUGCAUUUAAGGCUUUGCAACGAAUGGUUUCCUUAGCCAACAACGGAGACAUUUAUGAUAGCAAAGAUGAUGGGAAAUUUUCCACCAAACACAAAAGGAAAAAUGAGGUUAAUGAGAAGUUGUAUUCUACUAGAUUGGACAUCCCUAUACCUUUAAAAGGAGAGCUAGGUUCAACCAUAUUGGAUAUGAAGGAGAAUAAACAAGUUGACCCUUGUAUGCGCCCUCUGCUUGAACACUCAUCAGAUGUUGAUUCUGCAAGCAUAGAAGCCAAGAGUGUUGGAAUGUGUAGGCUUAAUGGACAAGAAUAUCCAGAACCAAUUAUGAAGGUCUUGAGGCGGUCCUUUAAUGAUGUAAUGCAUGCAUGUGCACAAGGUCAAAACUAUGCUCUUGCAGAGCAGCUUAUUCUGCAGAUGCAAAAUCUUGGGUUGCAGCCAUCCAGCUAUACAUAUGAUGGCUUUAUCAGAGCUGCUGUUUCUGAAAGAGGUUUCAGGGAAGGCUUGGAAAUGUUAAAAAUACUGAGGCAGAAAAAAUUGAAGCCAUAUGAUUCAACUCUCACAACACUUUCAGUAAGUUGCAGUAAGGCACUAGAACUAGAUUUGGCGGAGGCUUUGCUGUAUCAGAUUUCUAAAUGUCGACGUCCAUACCCUUUCAAUGCUCUCCUUGCAUUGUGUGACAAAAUGAACAAACCUGAACGUGCUGUGCGGGUCUUGGCCAAGAUGAAACAGAUGAAUAUUGCACCUAAUAUCAGGACAUAUGAGUUAUUGUUUAAAUUGUUUACCAACGUAAAUCCCCCAUAUGAAAAGGGCAAUAUGAUAUCACAGGUAGAAGCCGCUAAAAGAAUCAAUGCUAUAGAAAGUGAUAUGGUCAAAAAUGACAUUCACCACAGUUAUCGUUCAUUGAAAAGCUUGUUGAGGGCCCUUGGAGAAGAAGGAAUGAUAAGAGAGAUGACCCAAUACUUACAUGUGGCAGAGAAUCUUUUCAUUCAUAAAGACCCUACUUUGGGAACAGCUAUUUACAAUAUAGUGUUACAAUCUCUUGUUGUAGCCGAAGAAAGUCACAUGGCAAUUGCAAUUUUCAAGAAGAUGAAGUUAUAUGGCUUCCAGCUUAGUCCUGCGACAUUUAAUAUAAUGAUUGAUUGUUGCAGCAUACCAGGGUGUUUCAGAUCUGCUUCUUUGCUGGUUUCAAUUAUGAUACGUGAAGGGUUUUAUCCAAACACUCCAACUUAUACUGCUCUGAUUAAGGUUCUGUUGAAAGACGAGAACUUCAAUGAAGCCUUGAAUCUUCUGGAUCUUAUGAGAUCGGAUGGUGUGAAACUUGAUGUGCUAGUGUUCAAUACAAUUCUUAGAAAAGCAUGUGAUAAGGGAAGGAUUGAUGUUAUUGAGUUCCUUGUGGAGUGUAUGCACCGAGAGGGAAUUCUGCCCGAUCCAACAACUUGCAGCUCUGUCUUCUGUGCGUAUGUAGACUCUGGUUUUCACAACACAGCAAUUCAAGCAUUGCAGGUUUUAAGUAUGCUUAUGUUAGGUGGCCAUGGUGACAUAGAUGAAGAGAAGAGAAAAUUAGUGAAUGAAUUCAUCCUUGCCGAAGAUUUGGCUGUCGAGUCAAGGAUACUUGAAUUUUUUAAAGAGUCCAAAGAGAACUUUGCUGUUGCCCUUUUGAAUUUACGAUGGUGUGCCAUAGCUGGGUUCCCCAUGUGUUGGUCAGCUGAUCAAAGCCUCUGGGCUAGAAGACUCAGAAUAGUUUAGCAGGGUGCUGCUGACUGCUGUGUCCGGAUUCUCUAAUGCGAUUUUUGGUAAUGCGCCUCUAGCAUCCCAGAGUCGCUACUGGCUUGUUCGGAGUGUGUUAUUCGGAGCUUCAUCUUGUGGCUGGUGGUUGAUUCUUCAAGAGGAUUGGAAUUUUUAGUCUUCAUGGUUCUGUCAAUUGGCAACAGGCUACAUGCAAACUCUCGUGACAAAGUGCUGAUAUGAUCUACCAAGUAAAAGGUGCAUUAUGCUGUUCAACCUGGGAAUUGGACUACAUCGUGUACACUAUAAAUAUGCUGGGGGUUCAGCAUUGGGAAGCACUUGGAGACAAGUUUUGCCUGAUACCGCAGUUGAUGUAUACUAUAUCUGAACACUUUGGUCGGUGAAUAAAUCACCAAGGCCUGUUUGAUCAGCACUAUGGAAAGGUUAUCCUUUCCAUUGUACAAUAAUGUGAGAUAUUUAUACUUCUCUAAUAAUCACUUAAUAAUGACUGUUUCUUUUUCUUUUCCA